AUGUCUUCCUACUUCUCAUCCCUCACCUCGUCGACGAGGAUAACCAACAUCGGGAGCCGCCUGAACAGCCUGCGUCGAGCGAUUACCUCAGGCGAAGAAGCAGACGACCCGGACAACGAGGACAGUUCGCACAUCUCCAACGUCCUGAGAGCCUAUUAUACAGAAAAAGGCCGGUCAUAUCCCGAAUGGCUUCCCCCAGAUCCGAAAGCACCCACGCCCCAGCCCCGAUUAGUUGCUACGCAGGCAUCGUUUCAGCAAGGGAAUAAUGGCGGAUAUGGCCAGCCGAUGACCAUACAAGCGUCCAGCCGAGGCGGUGGACUGGGUGAUCUCUGGGGGGAAACGGGUCCCUCGCAGCCGCCGGCGUCACAAACUUCCAGUCUGCGAAGUCGCAGCGGCGGUGCUCGGACGCCAGUCGCAGCCAUGAAUAAUUCGUUGCGUCCAACGCAGUCACAGACCCCGCCGCCUCAAUCGGUCUCUAGGCGGCCACUUCCUAGCCAGCGUGCGGGGUCGUCUCAGUCCAAUCUAAGCACGCAGUCGGGUCCGGGGGUAUUGGAAAGGGCUCCUUCAGGCGGUUCCGCGCAGGAGAGAUUACGCGCUCGGCUCCAGGGCGGCAGCAGUAGCUCCAGUGCUUCUCCUUCGCAAACACAAUCUCAGCCACAAAACCACGAUAGUGGAUAUGGACAGAGCUACCAUGGCUCCGGGGGAGGGGGAGGGGGAGGGGGAGGAUAUAAGCGGCCAGGGGGCUUACCUAGUGGUCUGAGACCAGGGCAUCGUUGA